AGAUCUCUAUUUACUUCCCAUCGUUUCGCAUGGAGCAUGCAUGUGUACCGUACGGUGCACGUACACCACACAACUCUUUUCAUAAAAGCCCUCUAUCUUUCCACAAACAUCCGAUUAGAGUAGCAACAAUAGAGAUCAAACGUAACUCACAAAAUGUUCUCGUUUCUCAUCCCAGUUGUACAGCUUUUUCAGGUGGUUAUCGCUGGCGCAGCAUCUGUAGUCUUCUUGCUGUUCGCCGGUAUAACCUUCGGUGCCUCAAUUGUGGGACUAACCAUAGCCACACCGCUUUUUGUCAUCUUCAGUCCGAUUCUCGUACCAGCCACUAUAGCCACUACUCUCGUAGUCGGAGGGGCUACGGCUACAGUUGCCCUCGGAGUGACGGCAUUUGCUCUCAUAUUUUGGCUCUUUAAACAUAGGAUUGGAGUAAAACCGAAGAACAAUCCAGCUCCGAAAGGAGCCCCAACCAAAGCAGAUCAACCGGGGGCGUCGGAAGGAGCGUCUGGAGAUAAACCGGGAGAAAUGUCAGGAGCAGGAGGACUGUCGGGAGAUAAAUCAGGAGGAGCGCCUGGAGAUAAACGGGGAGAAAUGUCAGGAGAUAAACCGGGAGGAGCGUCAGGAGGAGGACCUGGAGGGGCGUCGGGAGGAGUGUCAGGAGGAGCGCCUGGAGGAGCGUCGGGAGGACCUGGAGGGGCGUCCGGAGGAGAGCCUGGAGGAGCGUCGGGAGGAGCGCCUGGAGGAGCAUCGGGAGGAGCGUCGGGAGAUAAACCCGGGGGAGCGUCGGGAGAUAAACCGGGGGAAACGCCAGGACAUAAACCGGCGGGAGCGCGAGGAGGUAAACGGCUUGCGUGGUGGUAAGGAUGAUCAUAUGGAGCAACUUGAAACUUAAUUAUUUGGUUUCAUAAAUUAAACCUCAUGUAUCCAUCUCUUUUUAGUAAAUAUUAAUUACCGUAGAAGAAAUUACAUGAUUCAAAUAUCAUUUCUAUUAAUGUAUAACAUGGUACAAAGAAACUAUGAAACAAUGCUUUGUUUAAAUGAAGUAAUUCAUCGGUACUAUAGCAUAUGUACAUAUA